AUGGCGAUGAGAUCGGCCAUCAACGACAUCUGCAAUCAAUGGCCAAAAGUCAAUAGCAAUAUUCCUCAUGUAAAUCAAUUCCUUCAAGCUCGGUCUGUAACCACUUUCAAAAAGCUACCACAAGAAACGAGAGAGAAAAUGCAAAAUCAUGGCUGUCCAAUUUGUCGUAAUAACAUUAAAAACUUCGGAUAUAAGGAUGUCUUAUUGUUGAAGCAAUUUAUAUCGGAUGAAGGUAGGAUUUAUGGAAAACGAAAAACAGGUUUAUGUGCAAAGCAACAUCGCAAAGUUCUAAAAGCGAUUAAACGCUCUAGGGCUGAAGGGCUACUACCUAAUUAUAAAGCACCAACGCUUACGGAAGUUGAUGAAGAAGCCAACAAUGAAUAA